AUGACGAGUGGAAAUAACUGCGAUAGCAUCACUCAAAACUUUGGGCAUUAUGGGAAAGAAAACUUCCGCAGUGGUCAAGACAUGCACAACUUCAUCUCCUCUGGCUUCGUGACCCUCGGCAGGAGUCACCUGAAAGCGCAGCACUCUGUGGACGAUCUCGGGCAGCUGUCGUGGCAGGGCGAGCUGGACGUUCCUCUGUCCUACAAUAACCAUCCACACGACUACACCAGCCAUCUUGAUCUCACUGGGUCACACACUCCUAAAAUCGGACACAGAAUAGAGCACUAUGAGAAGCCGAGAAUGAACAACAUCCUGACGUCCCAGACGGAGCCGUACGAGCUGUCGUUCUCCCGCUCCUUCCAGAACCUCACUCACCUCCCGCCGUCUUACGAGAUGGCCCUGAAAGCAGACCUGGGUGACAAAGACGAGGAGUAUUACAUGAGGAAGCACCAUUUAUCCGACAUGACGCCUCGCGGGGGAAACCUGCAGACGCACAUGAUAAAGCUGAACGUGGAUCCGCCCGCGCAGCGCCAGAAGCCCAAGCGCGUCCAGCGAGCCAUGUCUCAAGAUCACGUCCUCUCACCCAAACGUGUCCAGCGCGCCAUGUCCCAGGACCACGUGCUCUCGCCCGCCCGCUCCAAGCACCGGGACUACGGGCUGUCCUCGUACACGGGGGGCGCCGGCGGUCUGUCUCCGUACCACGGACGAAUCCUCUCCGACGAGCAGCUGCUGUCGGCCGACCGACUGCUCUCCCAGGAUCCGCUGCUCUCCCCGGAUAAGAUGCUCUCCUUGCGGCGCUCCAACUUCCGGGAGAAGGCCAUGUCGCGGGCGCUUUCCCAGACUGACAUGUUCAUCCCGACAACGCCGGUCAUGGACCGGCACUACAAAAUGAUGAAGAUGCAUUCGCACCCCAGCAGCGGCAACAACGAGUCCUACAACACACUGACUGUUAACAGCGCGCAGGUGGGAAACAAACGGCAGGCGUUCGCCAACCGACGGAUGCACACAGUCGACCACCUGCAGUAUAUACCUGGACACCACCAUCAUCAGUACAGAACCGCGAGUAAGACCGAAGUAACUGUCUGAGAGAGACGGGAGAAGACCGGAGAGCGAAUGAUGUCAACAAACAAUCCGGCUCGGGAAACGUGUGGCGUCCCACGUGGAAAGGUUACUUUUUUUUAGGCAUACAACCUUGACCUGUUCCCGCUUCCAGCGCAAGCUUUCCACUCCAUCAGUUCUGGGUCAGCUGGGAUAGGAUCCACACUUUCCGGAGCAACCCGGAUCUCCUCGCACGUAGAGAAAACGCAAGGGCUUCGCGCGUGGACGCCGGACUAGAAACAGAGGCCUGAAACUAUUUUUUUUUUUUUCAGAAUCAGUACUGAACUGUUGCGAACCUCCACUGACUUUAUAUACAUUCAGUAUCAAAAAACCUACGCUACCGGUCAAACGCUUGAAAUAAUUACGAUUUUUUUAUGGUUUUGAAAGGAGUCUCUUCUGCCCACCAAGGCACACCAAAUCACCAUAUUAGAGUGAUU